CACACAUUUAUCCCAUGCAUCUUGCGAGAUUCAUUCUUACUACAUGCAAGUGCAAGUACUUCAUGUACUAUGUAGUACAAAAUUCCUGUUGCAGCAACAGCACACAAGUAUGCACAUCAUCCCAUGGCAAGAUCGAUGUCACUUCCGACACGCUACGUACGAACUCCGAGCAUCCUCCCCCAGAUGACGGGCAAAAACCCCCAUCUGCAAAAUGAC